GAUGACCCCCCCUCCCCAAACUUGUUCACUUCAGACCUGCUUUUAACUUAAGGUGUCAUUAAGGGACCCCUAAGAAAACUACUCUGGGGUGCAAGAUAUCAAGGCUUCAUAUAUCCCACAAGUGACAGACGAGUGCACAAAAGAAAAGAACAUUGAGACAGCUGUCUUAUGCUGAUAAAAUAAAGAAGAGAGUGAUUAGCCAACAGGCUAAGGAGAACUUUGUCAACAGAAGGCCUUUACGUGGUGACGAGUGCUGGACAGAAACAUAAUCACCUGGAAGAAGAAAGCCAUAGCCCAGACAAUGUCUCAGAACAGUUAUUAUGAGUGUGAGAAACGAGGCCCAAGCUCAAGUUACCCUACUCGUCUUGGACCAUCCCAUGGAGAGAUUGUAGGGAAUAAUCUCUGUGAUCCUGAGACCUCCGUGGAUUUGUCCACGUAUAUUGAAGCAGGAGAAGAACUUUUGUCUGAUGUAUUUCCUCUUACGCAGGAACGUGUGAAAAACACAUAUCAAUACCUGCCCUCAGAGGGCUUUCCCGCUAGUGCCCUGUAUGGAUACCCACACAGCAUGGUCCCAGAUCGCAGAAUGGGAGGAUAUGAAUCGGGAGGAGUGAUUGUGAAGGAGGAGACCCGUGGGUCACACAGAGCUGUGUGUAACACUCUACAGUACCAGGCUGCACAGUGUGCACAGACUUCAAUGCAUCUACCCCCACCAAUGGAGAGGGUACACCCAACACUCCGUGUACUGAAGGGCCCUCUCUCAGGGAUGCUGCCUGCCUCUCCAAUGAAAGAGCCAGGCCACAAAGGAAAAAAGCUACUGAGUAAAGACAGUCUGGAGUACCGCCUGCGUAGAGAGAGAAACAAUAUUGCAGUGCGCAAGAGCCGCGACAAAGCCAAACGCAGAAAUAUGGAAACUCAGCAGCGAGCCCUAGAAUUCAUGGCUGAGAAUGAGAAGCUGCGUAGUCGCAUACAACAACUGAGCCAAGAGCUUGAAGCUUUGCGAGGGGUUUUCAGGCAAAUUCCUGAAGCGGCUGCAUUAGCCAAAGGAGCUGGGGGCUGUAGCUGAAAGCCAUAAAUAAUGAAUGAAAAGAGCUUAUUAUAGUAUACCAGCUUUAAUAGACUCUGGGUGGGACUUGUGUUCACCAAAAUGAACGAACAUCCAAGAAUAAAAGGAUUAGUUUUGCAUAAAGAUAUAUUGUAUACAUACUGAUUCUAGGCUGGGACUAGUUCAUUUUACAUUACUGGUACAACACAUCUGUUGAAAGUAUUCAACACCUGUGUUUUUUAUCUAAGACGGCAAUCUGUGUAAAUGUUCAGGUCUUGUACAUGUGCUCUUUAGUUUGUAUAAAAAUAGUGGGCCAGAUCCACGAAGCAGUUACUCUGGUGUAUCUAUUGAUACGCCGCGUAACUGCUAGGUUGCUGAA